GUGUCUGCAGUAAUCUAAAAAAAAAAACCAAAAUAAAAAUGUUUUUGACCAUGCUAUUUUUGCUGGCACUUUGCAGCAGUCAUGCUUACGCCGCCAUGACAGACGACGAGGUAAAAAUCCAGUUCACGAAGUUUAUAAUGAAAUGUCACAAGGACCAUCCAGUGGAGAUGUCGGAGUUGCUAGCUCUGCAGAGUAUGAAACCUCCAACUAACAAGGAGACUAAGUGCCUUCUGGCUUGCGCUUACAGAGCUGAGGGUUCCAUGAAUGAUAAAGGAAUGUACGAUUUGGAACAUGGCUAUGAAAUUGCUGAGAUGACACAGAAAGGCGAUGAAAAAAGAAUUGCUAAUGCGAAAAAAUUGGCUGAUACCUGUUCUAAGGUUAACGACGAGUCAGUGAGCGACGGUGAAAAGGGAUGUGAAAGGGCUGCUUUGAUGUUCAAAUGUGUUGUAGAAAAUGCUCCAAAGUUUGGCUUCAAAGUUUAAAAACAUGGAAGAGAAACCGAAUGUAGUUUGUUACUCUUACUACUCUCCAGGAGGUAUAAAAAAAUGUCUGUAAUGAAAAUAAAAACUACAUAGUGUAUA